GCGAAAAUGGAAUGAAGUUCCAAGACCUUAGUUUGACCUGGUCUCUGAGAUUGACAAGAUGCUAACCAUAUGUGACCAAUUAUCUUACGAUCAUCGUCGCCGCCUUCACAAACAGGGCAAGCAUACAUAGCGUGCCCAGCACAGGAUCCUCACCAAAAGCAAGGAAGCUCAUCAAAUGACAACCCUUCACGACGUUACACCCACCAACUAGAAACCUCCAAGAGUCCAACUAGCACAUCAUCUCAUCUAGCGCUCUCUCAAAAUGUAAUAGCUUCACUUAAACCCCUGUCAUGGCGGUCUCAAGUCCUGGAAGCUUGGUGAGUUAAGCUUAUUUCAGUGCCUAACCCCUUCGAUCAGCCUUGCGGUGUGAGUCUCCCUCGGAUAGCCCUACGGUAUUUCAAGGUCUCGUCUUCCCAGCCUUGGGCCUGUCGUCUCUGCUCGUGUUCUCCUCAGUACCUACUCACAUUCAAAUACUGCAUACAUCGAGCUCAUGGCCGAUAAACCCACCACCGCCCCUCAAACAUCAACCAUCCCCACAAUGACCACCGCCGAAAAGUCAUCAUCCGGCUUUCUAAAAGUCAUCGCCUUCUUCGACCUCGUCGUCAAACUCGCCGCGACAGGCGCGCUCAUCGGAAUUCUCGUUUUGCUUGUACAGUUCAACAACAACAUCGAUAAGCUCUUCAACGGCAGUAGAUCGCUCCCCGUUCGAGUCUCCGAUGCCGCGCCGCUGCGUAUCAUGCCCGGUUAUUCGGGCACCUUCGAUGUUCGUAUGACGAAUAACGCGAAUAACCCUGUGUGGUUCAAGGUGGACAAUUAGACGGAAGACUGGAGGUGUAUAAUGUUUCGGCGCUUCGUGGGAGUCGGGCUCAUUUCGGUGGGAGAUGGCGGUGGACAGUUCACUCAAGGCCUGUAGCGUGUUAAUGCUAUUCUGGUGGCGUGUUCGUGAUGCUUACCUGCGCUGAGACUUCAAUCAACAUAUUCCCUAUCGCAUGAUGAUCAUGCUAAACAUAACCAGCAUUUCAUGAUAUUGUUACAGUAAGAGCAAGUUGAGAGUCGCGGCGCAAGACGCGACACAUCCAUCACGGCGGUAAUUGAACCGAGCACAAAUGGCGACAGACAAGACAGCAGUCUUCUA